CGCCCCACUGCCCGUGGCUCGCCGGCCCUUCCGCUUCACUCCACGGCGCCAGGGAGCAGGACGGGCACCGGGGCCAUGGAGAGGACAGCGGGCAAAGAGCUCGCCCUGGCGCCGCUGCAGGACUGGGGCGAGGAAACCGAGGACGGUGCGGUGUACAGCGUCUCCCUGCGGCGGCAGCGCAGUCAGCGCUCGACCCCAGAGGGGCCUGGAGCCCGCCAGGUCCCCACCCCGGCUGCUGACACCUUCCUUCAGUACCGCACCAGCAAGGUGCGGGCACUGAGGGCGGCCCGACUGGAGCGGCUGGUGCAUGAGUUGGUGUCCGGAGACCGCGAGCAGGAUCCUGGCUUCGUGCCCGCCUUCCUGGCCACCCACCGGGCCUUUGUGCCUACAGCCCGCGUUCUGAGCUUUUUGCUGCCACCGCCGCCACCACCACCACCACCUCCUGGGGUAGACAGCCAGAGGACAGAGGGACAAGAUCUGAACUUCAGCAAGAACCUGAGGGCUGUGGUUUCCAUACUUGGUUCUUGGCUACGAGAUCACCCUCAGGACUUCCGGGAUCCCCCUGCCCAUCAGAACCUGGGCAAUGUCCGACUCUUUCUGGGCUGGGCAGCCCCGGGAGGGGCGGAAGCCAGGGAAGCAGAGAAGCUUCUAGAAGAUUUCUUGGAGGAGGCUAAGGGAGAGCAGCCGGAGGAGGAGCACCGUUUGGCUUGGGCAGGUCCUCCAAGGGCUGCCCAGUCCCCCAGAUCAGAGCUCACAGAGGACUGCUCCGAAGAGGAAGGUCCCAGUUCAGAAGGCCCCGAGCUCCUGGACUUCAGCGUGGAUGAGGUGGCGGAGCAGCUGACCCUUAUGGACGUGGAGCUCUUCUUGCGCGUGCGGUCCUGCGAGUGCCUGGGUUCCAUGUGGUCUCAGCGCGACCGGCCGGGAGCUGCGGGCAUCUCACCCACGGUGCGUGCCACGGUGGCCCAGUUCAAUGCGGUGACCGGCUGUGUGCUGGGCUCGGUGCUCGCGGCACCUGGCCUGGCGGCCUCACAAAGGGCACAGCGCAUCGAAAAGUGGAUCCGCAUCGCCCAGCGCUGCAGGGAACUGCGAAAUUUCUCUUCAUUGCGAGCAAUCCUGUCCGCCCUGCAGUCUAACCCCAUCUACAGGCUCAAGCGUAGCUGGGGAGCUGUGAGCCGGGAACCACUGUCCACUUUCAGGAAGCUGUCGCAGAUUUUUUCUGAUGAGAGUAACCAUCUCAGCAGCCGAGUGAUUCUUUCCCAGGAGGAGGCUACAGAGGGACCCCAAGAUGAUGACAGCCCCCCAGGAAGUCUGUCUUCAAAACUGCCCCCAGGUCCUGUCCCCUACCUUGGCACCUUUCUCACAGACUUGGUUAUGCUGGAUACAGCCUUACCGGAUACAUUGAAGGGAAAUCUCAUCAACUUUGAAAAGAGGAGGAAGGAGUGGGAGAUCCUGGCCCGAAUCCAACAGCUACAGCAGCGCUGCCAGCACUACAGCCUGAGCCCCCGCCCGCCAAUCCUGGCUGCCCUUCGAGCACAGCGCCAGCUCAGCGAGGAACAGAGCUACCGUGUCUCCCGCGUCAUCGAGCCACCAGCGGCCUCCUGCCCCAGCUCCCCACGCAUCCGCCGUCGCAUCAGCCUUACAAAGCGUCUCAGCGCGAAGCUGUCCAGGGAGAAGAACUCCUCCCCUGGUGGGAGCCCCGGGGACCCAUCCUCACCCACCUCUGAAUUUUGUGUCUUUGCCAGCGUAUCUCCAGGGUCCCCCCCAUCCAGUCCUCGAAAUCGAGACCCUCCUCCUGGCAGUCCUCCAGCCUCCCCAGGGCCUCAGGGCCCCAGCACCAAGCUCCCUAUGAACAUGGAUCCACCAGGGCCCUGGCCCAUGACCUUGACCCUGAGCAGCUCUGGAAUUCCCCUCCCUGGGCAGCAGACCUCAGAGGCCCGUGUCAUCCGAGUCAGCAUCGACAAUAACCACGGGAACCUAUAUCGGAGCAUCUUGCUCACCUGUCAGGACAAGGCCCCCAGUGUGGUGCAGAGAGCCCUGGAGAAGCACAGCGUGUCCCAGCCCUGGGCCCGUGACUACCAGCUCUUCCAGGUCCUGCCUGGGGACCGAGAGCUCCUGAUUCCGGACAGUGCCAAUGUCUUCUAUGCUAUGAGCCCAGCUGCCCCUGGGGACUUCUUGCUGCGUCGGAAAGAGGGGAAACGGCACACGUCCUCUGCCUCCCCAACCUGAGGCAGUGCUCUUCUCGUUCUGGGGCACAGACACAAAGAAGAGCUUGAAACCUGGCUUCUACCACCAUCAAAGAAGGGGGCCUAUUUCCUGGAGAGCCUCCAUCUCCCAAUGAAGCCAUUUUGCUCCAUAUCCUGGGGAACUCCCAACAU